UUGCCCGCACCAUCACUAGAAAAGCCGGAGAGCAUAACGGCACCGCGUCACUUUGAGGGCGGAUAUCGGCCGGUCCUCAUCCUCUCUCCUCCUCUUCCUCAUUCCCUGCACUCUCCCAAUCGGUCUCCAUCAGCCUUCAUGGUUCUGAUCUCACCCCACGCCAUGCAAGCCACCCGGGCGCCCACUACCGUCAGUGUGUUUGCGGACUGCAGCAUCCCGGCCGGGCUCCAGAUAGGACCGGUACCGGGCAUCUUUAAACUGGGGAAGUACGUGUCGGACCGCAAAGAAGUUGGACCCAAGAAAAAGAUCCGUUUAGUACGCGGAGAGUUUGUGGAUGAAUCGGGCUGUCCCGUGCCAGACUGGAUCGGAUUCAUCCGCGCCGCCAGGAACAGUCAAGAGCAAAACCUUGAGGCUGUGUCGGAUUUACCUGGAGGACAGAUUUUCUACCGCGUGCUAAGAGAAAUCCCUGCAGGAGAGGAGCUCAGUGUUUGGUACUCUAACGCUCUGGCCCAGUGGUACGACAUCCCCACCACAGCCACUCCCACGCACGACGAGAAAGGUGAGGAGCGUUACAUUUGCUGGUACUGCUGGAGAAUAUUCAAAUACCCGAACACACUCAAGGCCCACAUCCACUUCCACUGCGCCCUGAGCAACGGGCGGGGGGUUGUGAGCAGCGAACAGGCCAGAGGAACAGAGACCUUCAGCAGGUCACCAAAGUCUGGAGACAUCCCUAACACCACCACCUCUCCGAGGAGCGGUCACAAUAACUCCUCCAUCUCAGACUCUGGUAGGCGGACAGUGUCCUCCUCGCCAUUUUUAAACAAAGCGGGACUGGCAAAGAAAAGCAGCUCUGAGGAGCAGGACAGGGCGCUCGACAUGAGCGUUACGUCAGCCAGAAACCAGGGACAUCUCCUCGGCCUCGGCGCCACAUCCUCGGUGCUGAGCAGCAUGGGCUUCCACCCGGGCGUGCGCUCUGCUUUCAAACCGACCGGCGUCUCCAAAGUUCCGGGCGCCGAGGCGUCCAGAGAGGACGCCAACGGGAAGCUGAGCGGCCUAGGAUUCAGCAAACUCAUUGGGAACAUGAAACCAAUCCGCAAUGUGGGUGAGACCCUGAACGGAGGAGGGAGCCACCCACCCAAGUGCGCACCUGCAAUUAUGGACUCCACAUCUCCAAUGGUGCCGUGCACAAACGCUAUCCGAGGUUUCCCGUUGCUGCCUCACAUGGAGGAGACCUCGGCUUUUAAGCACGUGGAGAGUCGGAUGCAUUCAGGCCUGUCCCCGUCCCGUUACCCCCAGAUGCCCCCCGGACUCCAUUUUGAAAGAUUCUCUCUCCCUCACUUCGAUGGUGUCAAAACUUAUGGUGGAGACUGUAACAUCCCACUGAUGCCCUUCACUGUUUAUAACGGGGAGCUUCUGUACAGCUCACCUUACUAUCCGCUGAAAUUCCACUUCAGCAACCUACUCAAGUACCCAGAGUCCAUGUCCUACUUUGGUGCGCCCUCACUGAGUCAAGACCUGGGCUCAAUCACCAACAUCGACCGGGAGAUAGCCAUGCACACGCAACAGCUGUCGGAAAUCGCAGCGGAGAAGAACCGGACGCGGCUGGACUCCAUGCCCGCCGGGAGCGCCAGCAACACCGGGUCUGGGAAACCGAAAAAGGGACACCUGUGUCUGUACUGCGGCAAGCUAUACUCCAGGAAAUACGGCCUGAAAAUCCACAUGAGGACUCACACGGGUUACAAGCCACUCAAGUGCAAGGUGUGCUUCAGGCCCUUCGGAGACCCCAGCAACCUGAACAAACACAUCCGGCUCCACGCCGAGGGAAACACCCCCUACAGGUGCGACUUCUGCGGCAAGGUGCUGGUGCGAAGGCGGGACCUGGAGAGGCAUGUCAAGUCCAGACACCCCGGGCAGACCGUGAAGAAAAUAGAGGACAAACCGGGAGGCCUGUUUGAGGACGCGGAGCAAAAGAGUGACAAUGACAGCGACGUAGACGUCUGCUUCACCGACGACCAGAGCGACCAAGAGUCGAGCAAAAAUAAUGACUGAGAUGAUGCCCAUCGAGAGACUGCUCACUGUGUUAAAAUGGUGUAGCUACACAACAAAACAUGUCCUUUAGUCUUGUACUGAGUCUUGCAUUUGAACAUUUUUUUGACAUUGGGCGUCUGAGCUUUGGAUUCCAUACUUAACGAUGACAGAAAUAUUUCUUUUUUGACUUAGAGUGGGCUCCGAUUAAAGCUUUUGUUCGUUUUUUUCAUCUUGAUUCGGCAACAUAUUUUAAGAUCAGGUUUAGACACACAGAUAAAAUAUGUCUGUACCAGUGAUUAAAUGUUCAGUGUCUUGCUCAAGGACGCAGGUUUCUUAACCGAGUUUCAAUCAGCAGUAGUGUUGCAGACAAUUCCCUUUUUUUUCUUUUUCUUUUUUAGAAAAAUAAAUGCAAAAAAUGUCUUUCCCUGCCGUGUUUCAAAAACGCUGACAUCUCUAUAAAACUCUAAAACAAAAGCAACGAGACAAGAACAAUGAUCCAACCUCAGUCACAGAUAUUUUCAGUCGUUUUAAGAAAAAAAAAAAGUAAAACAGUCAAGGCUGAAUGUGAGACUAAAGGACUUCUUGAGUAUAUAUUUUUUGCAGUGUAAAAAAGAUAACAGGACUGUCUUUUGUUAUGUGUCUCCCUCUACUUAACUAAAGGCCUAAUAGAAAAAAAAGAGCACUACAUUCCAUCAGACUCGAUAUGGACACAUUUUGGGAAAUUAUGAACUGCAAAAGAAUAUGAUUCUUUUCAUUUUGUUUUGUUUUUUAUUGUGAAUAAAAAUGGGCAACGCAUUCACAAUGUUCACACUCUCCCCUCCAAACUGCCAGUUGCACUUUAAAAACAGCAGUGGGCAUUUCAUUUCAACAAGACAGCUGCAUAAUGAUUAUUAUAAUCAAACUUAUUUCCAUUAUUUCAUGAUGAACCUGACUUCCCGCGCCUCACUGAAGAACACACUGUACUUAAACUUGCACUUUCUUGCCGAGGAACGCUGUUCUUAAAGACGCAGCCAGCAGCGCCCAGUUUUAUUUAAGGAAUGAUUUCUACAGAAAGAAAAUGUAUUGAUUGCAGUUAUAGCCUAUGUAAAGAAGUGUAAAGUAUGAUAUUUCACAUUUCAGUGGAGAAGUGUUGUAUACGUUUGUUUAUAAGUGAUAUUGUCUACGAAGACAAU